AUGGCAGAGUUGGGAAAGUACAACGUGGAAGACCGCGCUCAAGAAGAGCCACACGAGGAUGUGUCCAAUGAGGGUGGCCAGGAGGAAAGUGAAGAGGCCAAAAACGAGAAUGCGGGCGUGAGAAGUGGUAGUGCCACGCCGGUCGAGCGACCAUGGGACAAAGACAAGGAAAGGGAAAGAGACAGGCCUAAAAUGCCCGUCAAGUACAUCGAGAACAAGACGCGGAGGCACGUCACGUUCGCCAAGCGAAGACUGGGGAUCAUGAAGAAGGCCUACGAGCUCUCCGUUCUCACGGGCGCGAACGUUCUUCUGCUGAUCCUCUCGCGCACGGGACUGGUCUACACGUUCACGACACCGAAGCUGGAACCCAUAGUGCGGGACCUCGAGGGCAAGACCCUCAUCCGGGCGUGCCUCAGCGGUACUUCAACGGAGCCCACGCCGACCGCAAGCAUGUCCGCGGCAUCCACGCCGAACCAGCAAGUUGGGGCCAGCACGUAA